GGGAGCCCAGAGUGCGGGGAGCUGGCGGGGCGGAGCGGGGCCGCCCGGGUGCCCAGGUCACAGCCGUGCGCGGAGGAGCGCGAACCAGAGCUGGGGGGGCUGGAGCUACGAUCGGUCCGCUCUGGCCGCCCCUCAGCCUCCCUCAGCUCCCACCUACCCCAGGCACCCGGAGAAAAGCGUGCAAAGGCACGGAGAGGGACAGAAACCACAAAUAAAUAGCGGCGGCAGCAGCGCGUCAUCUGGUGGAGCAGGAAGUGCAGGCAGAGUCCAGAGGCUGGUGCUUUCUGUGCGUACCCAGGACUUUGCCAUGGGCUGGGGACCGCAGCGGCUGCAGACGGCCGGGCGAGGGCAGCGGCGGCUGCGUGCGUACCGGGGCUGAGCGAGCAGCGACGCGGGGUGCACGGAGAUGGCAGCGUCCAGCAACUCCAGCCUGUCCGGCUCAUCUGUGUCCUCGGAUGCUGAAGAAUACCAGCCUCCAAUAUGGAAAUCGUACUUGUAUCAGUUACAGCAAGAGGCCCCUCGUCCCAAGAGGAUCAUUUGUCCCAGGGAGGUGGAAAACAGACCAAAAUAUUAUGGAAGAGAGUUUCAUGGGAUCAUCUCCCGGGAGCAGGCAGACGCGCUGCUCGGAGGCGUGGAGGGCGCCUACAUUCUUAGAGAAAGCCAGCGGCAGCCAGGAUGCUACACGUUAGCUCUCAGGUUUGGAAACCAGACCUUAAACUACAGGCUCUUCUACGAUGGAAAACACUUUGUGGGCGAGAAGAGGUUUGAAUCGAUUCACGAUCUGGUCACAGAUGGCUUGAUAACACUGUACAUAGAAACAAAAGCCUCCGAAUACAUUUCCAAAAUGACAACAAACCCCAUUUAUGAACACAUUGGAUAUGCCACUUUACUCAGAGAAAAAGUAUCCAGAAGGCUAAGCAGGUCUAAAAACGAAUCAAGGAAAACAAGCGUCACAAGUGAAGAACACACCACAGUGGAAAAGAUCUCCUCCCUGGUCCGAAGGGCCGCCCUCACGCAGAGUGACACCCACUUCAACUAUGAGAAGACACACAACUUCAAGGUCCACACCUUCCGAGGCCCUCACUGGUGCGAAUACUGUGCCAACUUCAUGUGGGGGCUGAUCGCCCAAGGGGUCCGAUGCUCAGACUGUGGAUUGAACGUACACAAACAGUGUUCCAAGCAUGUUCCGAAUGACUGCCAACCUGAUCUCAAGAGGAUCAAGAAGGUGUAUUGUUGUGACCUCACAACACUUGUGAAGGCACACAACACGCAGAGACCCAUGGUGGUAGACAUAUGCAUUCGGGAGAUUGAAGCAAGAGGAUUAAAGUCAGAAGGCCUUUACAGAGUCUCUGGGUUCACCGAACACAUCGAAGAUGUCAAAAUGGCAUUUGACCGAGAUGGUGAAAAGGCAGACAUAUCUGCCAGCAUCUAUCCAGACAUAAACAUCAUCGCGGGAGCCCUUAAACUGUAUUUCAGAGACUUACCCAUUCCUGUUAUCACCUAUGACACCUAUUCCAAAUUUAUAGAAGCAGCAAAAAUCGCCAAUGCCGAUGAGAGGCUGGAAGCCGUCCAUGAAGUGUUGAUGCUGCUGCCUCCUGCCCACUACGAGACCCUCCGAUACCUAAUGAUCCACCUCAAGAAGGUGACUAUAAAUGAAAAGGAUAAUUUCAUGAAUGCUGAAAAUCUGGGGAUUGUGUUUGGGCCCACCCUGAUGAGAUCCCCUGAGGACAGCACGCUCACCACCCUCCAUGACAUGCGGUACCAAAAGCUGAUUGUGCAGAUUUUAAUAGAAAAUGAAGAUGUUUUGUUUUAAUCCACCAGAGAAAUGAGUUGAAUGCCCCCGCUCCAUCAAUGUUGUGAAAACUAAGGGAAUAAAAACAUUUCUUACACUUGAUUUGUUUUCCAAGCAAGUGACAGAAUUUCCUGGACCACAGUGGAUGGCCAAGUUGGCUACUGUGUCUCAUAGACACUCGCCUCCUCCGUGUGAGAACAGCCAGGGUGAGGGUGAGAAAAGGCCCUCGCCUGGGGUCUUUGCCUUGCCCCGUAUAUAUGUCUGUUUUGCUGGAAGAGUGAUUAAUGGAUCUUUCUUUAACUUAUUAAAAAAAAAAAUGUAGACCUUUAAACGUCAGUCUUAGUAAUAAAAGGGAACUUAAUUCCUAGAGGUACUUGAUACAGUUUUACAUUUUCCACUUACAAAAAAGAAGACAAUUCUAUAUGUUAAAUGUUAAAUGAAACUUAUAUUGUAAAAUGUAUUUUUAUUUGAGCUGCAAGAAUGUUGCUUUAUUUUAGCAAAUAGAGCUCAAUGCAGUGCAUUGAUUAUUUCCCUGUGUACCUUGUCCUGCCUUCUUGCUGUGACCCCUGGGAAAGUUUACCGUGAAUGCAGUAUUAUCUCGACAUACCUCUGUCCCCACCAGUGCUUUGCAAUGAAAUUUCCACUGCCGCCUGUGUCUCUGUUUUGGAUAGUUUUUGCUGUUAAGCACUGACCUUUUGCUAUCGAAUGGCAUAUGUUUAUAGCAAUUGUAGGACGAUCUAAAACAUCCACAAAUUUUCUUUCUAUAACAAUUUUGUAAAAUCCCAAAGUAUGUUUUCGGAAUUGGUCAUAGGUUCCCCAUGUCAUGUGUGUAUAUCCCAGAAUAUGCCGAAUGUGCUCAUUUUACAUAAAAUAAUUUGGGAGCGCUGGUUGUAUCUAGGCCAUAUCCAAAGUUAGCAUUUUUUUUCCUGUUUUCUUUUCAGGCAAGCACUGUAGGUGCACACAUUAAGACCCAGUUGUAUUUUUGCCACAUUUCUGUAUCUAUGGAAAGUGAAUCUGCAGAAUAAUUUUUGAUUUUUUGAUUU